AUGAAGAUUUCUAAAUUCUUAAACCCCAGACUCCGAACAUCCACUAUAUUACCGAGCUUCUCGAUCUCCCGACCGGCCCCGCUAUACCGUCUCCGAGAUCGCAACGGACCUCCCGUCAACACCAGCCUCUCACUCUCACACAACAACGCCUUCUCGUCAGCCAGCAUGACAUUCCCGCCCUUUAUUAAUUCAAUCAUAUGCCCUGCACUUGGCCUCGUGCCAAAGAAUUCACCACCGGAUCUUUUUGCCUCGGAGCUCUCCUUCUUUGCUACUCAUCCUUGGACAGCUACUCUGCUCAGUGCACCAGAUACGAUUCCCUUUCUUCCUUCAUGCCGCAAUCCACGUUCUCCGAGCCACGACCAAUUAUUUGGAAACACGCUGAACAAUGCUCGGGGCUUGACCCAUUUUAUCAGCUUCUUCCGUGCGCCAAGUUAUGAAAUUGCGCAGGACCCAUCACAUAAUAUCACUGAGAUUGUUGUCCUUGUGACAGUGGGUGAAGGCGUGAGCGGGUAUCCCGGGCUUGUUCAUGGCGGUGUUAUUGCAACUCUCCUAGAUGAGACUAUGGGUACAAUCUUUGAUCUGAAUGGGUCCUUGGGCAAGGAUGCGAGAGCGUUUAAGACGUCCAGUGUGACAGGUGGUAUCGAAGUCAAAUAUCUGAAGCCUGUGUCUACAGACAGUGUCCUUCGCAUUACAGCCGUUGCGGAAGAGAUCGAUGGUCGAAAGACAAAGGUCAGAGGUGAGAUGAAGAACGAGAAAGGAGAAGUGUUGGCAACAUGCACAAGCAAGUGGGUAGCACUUAAGCCAAGUUUGUGA